GGCGGGUCACCACUUUAUCGUCCUGGUCCGCUCCGAGUGUCGCCCGUAUGAUUACCCAUACAACCUGACCUGACCAAAGACCUAAACUCCGAGUUGCCUUUGAUCCCUCUUUUGCCUGACAAAUGCCCAUUGAUCCGAUCCGUGACGUCCUCGCUCUGUAGAAUCAGCCUGACCCUCGUCCUCAAACCAUCGUGGACAGUUCGGCAGCCAUCACCACUGCCCGCAGACCAGCUCCGAUUGCGCCGUAUCUCCGGGACGACGAGGUGCUCCUUCGUGCUAACACUCCCGUGACUCCCGGCCCUCUCACCGGUUUAUGGACUGGACUCCGAGUGAUGACGAUGUUGGCGGAGAUGAAUCCCAUGAUCGGGACACCGGAGAUAACCGGUUAAACGCACACGGUGGCCGAAGCACCGCUGAUGAUGGCCACGAUCGCUACGGCCAUGAGGAAUUUGACGAUGAUGAUGACGAGGAAUACCAGGACGGGAACGAGGAGGAGGAUGAUGAUGAAGAUGAGGAGGAGGAGGAAGAGGAUGAUCCCGACUAUCGUGAUGAGCCGAAUGAGGAAGAUGAAGACGAAGAGUUUCACGAUGCAUUUGACGAGCAAGGAGAAGCUGAGGAAGACGCCGCAACUCUCGACGAUCACAUGCAGUAUGCCUUUGGUGACUUCCGGUUCCAGAUUGUCAUUGAGGACGAAGAGGCGGAGCAGAACGAGGCCACCAUGAGGCUGUUUUCACUACUAAGAGCCGGCCAAAGGUCGGGGCUCCUGACGAGACAGCAGCUUAUGACCCUCUUCCGCGGCACCGGCCUGGCGCGUCAUGCUGUCAAUCCAAAGGACCCCAACCGAUUUCCCAAGGUUCCCAGUGAAGAGGGCCGAAAGCUCAUGGGAUCCGGAGUCUUUGGCGUCAGCGAGACUGACCUCCGCCACAAGAAAACCAUCGCCAGACGCCUGCUGGAUCGUGAGCUCGGGCUGGGAGACCGGGUCUGGAGGAAACGGACCAAUGGUAUUCUGGCUCAGAAUCUCAUCCCCGGCAGCAAGGCGGAAAAAAUCAUCCACUAUGACCACCCCAUCUACUCUGGCCAAUUCUCCGACGAUGGCAACUUCUUCUUCUCGUGCUGUCAAGACUUCAACGUGCGCAUGUACGACACGUCCAAUCCAUACAACUGGAAGCUCUACAAGACAGUGAGCUACCCCUUUGGCCAGUGGACCUUGACAGAUGCCUCUCUGAGUCCAGACAACCGCUGGCUGGCCUACACCUCCAUCCAGAGCAUUGUCUCAAUAGCGCCCACCGACCCCAGAGACAAGGGCGAGCCGUACUCGCUUGAGCUUGAUGACGGAGACGGCCAUGCAAGGCUCUCCUUUUGGCGCAACCGCGGGUCUUUUGGCAUCUGGUCCGUCCGCUUCUCGGGCGACGGACGAGAGCUUGUGGCCGGCACCAGUGCUCACUCGCUGGUCGUAUAUGACAUCGAAUCCAGGACGGUACUCCAUCACAUCACCGGCCACCAGGACGAUGUCAACGCCGUCUGCUUUGCCGACAAGUCAUCCCCUCACAUCAUCUACUCAGGCUCCGACGACACGACCAUCAAAGUGUGGGACCGUCGAAGCAUGGGAGACAACCGUGAGGCGGGCGCCUUUGUGGGCCAUAUUGAAGGCCUGACGUACAUUGACAGCAAAGGCGACGGGCGGUACAUCCUCAGCAACGGCAAGGACCAGAGCAUGAAGCUGUGGGAUCUCCGCAUGGCCAUGUCUACCGAUCGGUUCCGCGAAGUCACCAAGGACAACGAUUCCCGCCUCGAUAGGUUCGAUUACAGGCAAGACGAGUACGACGAGGACGACUGGGACGUGCACCCCCACGACAACUCUCUGGUCACUUUCCGAGGCCACAAGGUCCUCCGCACGCUCAUCCGAUGUCACUUCUCGCCGCCGUCGGCGACCAAUUCUCGCUACGUCUACUCUGGCAGUGCGGAUGGCAAAGUGCACAUCUGGAACAUGGACGCGACCAAAGCGGGUGAAAUCGACGUACAGCGUGCGACUCAUCGGACGCGGAAGCUGGACCGCCGCACUCGGGUGUACUUUGACGAGCCCGGGGGCUGGGGUACAUGUGUGCGCGAUGCCAGCUGGCAUCCCAGUGCUCCAGUCAUUGUUGCUUCUGCUUGGAAUGGGUACAGCAUGGCACGAGGCACCUGCAGUGUCCACGCAUUCAACGAGUCUUCAGAGGAUGAAGGAGAGCCCGAGAUGGGAGACAGCGUCAAUGAGUCGUUGAGGCCAGACCCGGAGACGUUCUACCGGUCCAGCUUUCAGUCGGCACGGUGAGGAAA